AAGAUAAGAUAAUAACGAUGAGCAGAAAUGAGAAAAGAAUUUCACCAUUACCCAGUUCAGUUCGAGAAAUUCAUCAAUACGCAUUUCUUCGUUGUGUCGCGGAAACAAUUCGAAAAAUUAGUGUAACGAUGGCGGUAAAAACUCUUUCGCAAAUCGCGACAGUGCUCGAAAGUCAAAUCAAUGUCCUGAAGUAUACUCUGUACUGCAUAACUGUCAUUGAAUGGAUUUUGGGCGGAUUUUUAUUCGGACUGGCCGUCGCAACGCGUUUGGACACCGGACUGAACGAGUGGAUAGAAGCGUUGGAUAUAUGGCAGUUUUACGUUGGAAUAUAUAUUUUGAUUUUCACGUCGCUGCUCAUAAUAAUAAUUCCAUUCCUCUCCUGUUUUUCAGUUUAUCAGGAAAUAAAACAACUACUUUUAUCGAACGUUGCGUGCCACGGAUUUUGUUUCCUUCUUCUGAUGAUUGGAUGCGCCAUUACUAUGGAAAAUAGUAAAUCUCAUAGCGGCAUUCAACAAUCGAUUCGAGAUUCGAUGCAAAGAAUGAUCGUCAAUUCAUAUGAUAAUCGCGUCUCUCACAUCUUGAAUUUGAUUCAAGAGGAAGUUGGUUGUUGCGGAGCAGACGGGCCAAACGAUUAUCUGGCGCUGCAGAAACCUCUACCGAACGAAUGUCGAGAUACGGUUACGGGCAAUGCGUAUUUUCACGGUUGCUCAGAUGAAGUAACUUGGUUUUUAGAAGAUAAGUCCUCAUGGCUGACCGGCAUCGGAUUUACGUUAGGCUUCCUUCAAAUGUUAGUGGCGGCCUUGAGCUUCAUUUUAUUGCAGGCGUUACAAAAAGAAGAAAAGAUGGCGUAUAGAAGAUAGAAUUUCAUCUCCUAUAUAGGUAGGGAACACCGAAGCUAUAGUUGGGAAACACCGGAUUUGGCUUAAAAAGUUAAAAUAUGCACACACAUUGUAUGCAAAUAAAUGUUUCGUAUAAGCGCAUUCAAUUAACGAAUUAACUACCUAUGUAAUUAAAACUUUUUUUUCUGUCAACUUGCCCCGUGAUCGGGGCUCGUCAAUAAAAAAAAAGUUGUCUUUUUCAAAAUGAUUUUUUUUAUACUGGAAUAUCUUAAAUAAAUGAGAUCAUCAUACCAAAAGAUAGCCAAAAGAUGAUGGUCUAUAUCAGUAUAAUAAUUUUUUAAAAAUACAUUUUGUAGCAUUGAAAAAUUUUUUUAUAAAAAGUAGGCUAACUCGCCUCGGUUUCCCCUACGCCACGCCAUGCUCGACGCUCAAUUCCGUCGAAUCACCGAUGAAGCAACUCGGAAGACUUAGUAAUUAAGAUAAUAGUGUAAAAGACCAUAAAGUUGAAAUUAUUAAUUUUAUUUUCAUUUUUAUAUCUUUUGCGUUAAAAACGAAAGAUUUUUCGCAUUAUUCUUUUGUAAUUAUAAUUUGAUAAAAUAGAGUGUUUCUUUUUAUGUUUUGAUAUUCUUUUUUUUUAUGCUUAGGGGAUGAAUUAACUGAAAAACGCGGUGAAAUUUAUUCUUUUAAUUAAUUUGCAAAAUAACCGAGAGGAAUAAGGUGAUUAUUUUGAGUCUGUUGGCAAAAAUUUUGGCGAAAAUCACGCUUGUUUUGUCAAACAGACCUUCUUUGGGUAGGUAGGAAUAACCAAAACCCACUGUUUAAGUAGAAGUUUCAAUUAUGUAAUUAAGAAUUUGAAGUAAAAUUGUCCUUGUUUAGUUGAAUUUUUUUGCUGUUAACGUGUUCAGAAAUAAUAAAUUGUAUCUAUAAGUA